GAUUGGCCGCGCGGGGCGGGGGGCGGGGCCUGGCCCGAGAGCGGCGCGUGCGCGGAGCGACGGGAAGAUGGUGCUGAUCAAGGAGUUCCGAGUGGUUUUACCUUGCUCAGUGCAAGAGUAUCAAGUUGGGCAACUUUAUUCUGUGGCAGAAGCUAGCAAAAAUGAAACAGGAGGAGGGGAAGGCAUUCAAGUCUUAAAAAAUGAGCCUUAUGAAGAGGAUGGUGAGAAGGGACAAUAUACUCACAAGAUCUACCAUUUAAAGAGUAAAGUCCCUGGCUUUGUAAGGAUGAUUGCUCCAGAAGGCUCCCUGGUGUUCCACGAGAAAGCCUGGAAUGCGUAUCCCUACUGUAGAACAAUUGUGACAAAUGAAUACAUGAAAGAUGACUUCUUCAUAAAAAUUGAGACCUGGCAUAAACCAGAUUUGGGGACAACAGAGAAUGUGCACAAUUUAGAUCCCAACACAUGGAGGAGUGUUGAAGUUGUCCAUAUUGAUAUUGCAGAUAGAACUCAAGUAGAACCAGGAGACUACAAAGCUGAUGAAGAUCCUGCAUUAUUCCAGUCAGUUAAGACGAAGAGAGGACCUCUGGGGCCAAAUUGGAAGAAAGAGCUAGCAACUGAUGAGGAGUGUCCCAAAAUGUGUGCUUACAAGUUGGUGACCAUCAAAUUCAAGUGGUGGGGACUGCAGAACAAAGUUGAAAACUUUAUACAAAAGCAAGAAAAAAGGAUAUUUACCAACUUCCAUCGCCAGCUGUUCUGUUGGAUUGACAGGUGGAUUGAACUGACUAUGGAGGACAUUAGGAGAAUGGAGGAUGAAACCCAGAGGGAGCUGGAAGCGAUGCGUAAGAAGGGUUCCGUUCGAGGCACUUUGGCUGCGGACGUCUAGAGGAGUUCUCUGUAGGUUCUGAGGCAAAGCAAGCUGUCUGCGUAACCAAGGCCAAGUGAGAGGAACGAGCGCUGCCAAUGAUGAGUGACGACGGGCGGAUGCCGAUGCCGGAUCUCGGAUGUGUGUGUGGGUGCAUGACUCUGUAUAUAACUAUACACGCACAUGCAGACGGAAGGGGUGGUUACAGUGUCUCUGGGUGCUAUACCUGUCCUAGCAAAGAUUCCAAGGAAACUGCUUUCAUUAUGUAUACCCCAAGCAAAUAAAAAUCAACUGAGUAGUGUCAUUUAAAGGAUGAAUUUUGCUAACUGGUAUGUUCAUGAAUGUCAAUACUGGACCAAUUUCUGCCCUACUUGUUUGUUUUUUUUUUCUCCUGUCCGAGUCAUUCUGCUCUAACUCACCCAUCUCUCAUUGUAAAGAAACACUCUCAAACAAGUUAAUUUCAGUUUUAUGUCUUCCCUAUGUGAUGAGUUUUGGAAUAGGAACAAUGAAUGUAUUUAUAGCUAUUUAUUUCUGGAUUGUCAUUAUCCUAUAGUCAAAUCAGAAAAAAAUUUCUAUUAGUGGAAAUUGGAAGACUUUUACUGCUGAAUAAGUUUAACCCAAACGUUACCCACUCACUGAUUUAAAAGAAAAAAAAAAUCUUGUUUUAUUGGACUUUUGUACAUUGAAAUGCUAAUGGUUUUUCUUCAUUAAAAUUGGCAAGAUUAAGGAAAAA